AUGCCCUCCCUCGCCCUGACCAACCCGGACAUGAUCCUGCCGAAUGACGGCGAACGACAAUCUUCCACGCCCUCACCGCCGUCGCUAGCCUACCUGUCGAGUCUGAACAACUACAACUAUAAUGCAGGACACAGCAUGGCCGCGCAGCCGUCCGCACGGUCCAAGAAGUCCUUUUCGCGGCCCGGCUGGACGCACGAAGAAUUAAGAGACAGUCGCCGGUUGUCAGAUAUUGGGGAGGAGCUCUCGCCCGCGCGCUUGGGCGGGUUCGCUGAUAUAAAUGGCAUGAGUGCGGAGCAGCAGCAGGGUCUGGAGCGGUCACCGGUGAUUCGCGAGCAAUGGGAUCAGAGACAUAAUAGUGCGGCCAGCAGUUCGAGUUCCACGGUCAGUGCUGGAAGCGGACGGGGCUCGCGGGAGCAAACUUCGACGCCGCAGAAUGAUACGGUCAGUGAUAGGCCGGAGAAACCGAGGAGCGACGAUGCUGCUCAUCUAUCGACUGCUGCUCCCGCGGAAGCAAAGCUGUCUGGAGACGAUGGUUCGUCGGCAAUCCUGAGCAGCGAGGCCGAGAGGAUUCUCGAGAAUGCGAAGAAGCGAUUGACGCUCAUGGAGGGCAACCUUAAUCGGGCUCGCUCGUCGGUGUCAGUGCGAAUGACUCCGUCGCCUUCACCGUCGUCUCCCGGUGGCUCGGCGUCGCUAGGAACGCAUUCGCCUGGUGGGCUGUACCGGUCGAUAUCCCGCACAGAUCGCAAGGGUUCCUCUCUUCGGCGUCAAUCGCAGGUUCCCGGGCAGGAUACGUCGAACAAUCGACACUCCCGGGUGCAUAGCGAGACCAAUUUUCCGUCCGAGUCCAGUCUGGCGCCCGAUUCCAAACGUUUGUCCCGAUCCGUGAGUGCAAUGGGCGCAAGCAGUUCGACUUUGCACAACGAUGAGAGAACUUUCCAGUACGAUCCUAAAAGGGCCUAUCUGACGCACCGGGCGUCCAUCUCGUCCAAGCCACACUCGACAGGCAAGCGGUCUACACAAUCCCCGCAGUCCCUCGACUCCCACGAAGAAGAAGACGGCCAGUCGGAAUCUCCGAACGGGUUGGGCAUCUCUGCAGAUUCCGAGUCCAGCCCGGCCGAUUUUAGUCCUGUCUACAGCGCGCAUGGCCCUCCCAGUCGCGCGCAGUCCCAGCUGCAGGUGCGCGAUCUACAGUACCACAUGAAGGGUCUUCAUAUCAAGAUCUCCUCGCUGAAAGUCAAGGCCCAGGAGGACAAUCUCCGGCGACGCAGUCUGCAAAGCCUGCGUACACCCAGUCCCUUGUCGGCAGCGGACCAUUGGUAUGCGAAUGCGUUAGAACUGCACGAUGGACGAAACAGUCGGGGCUCAUCAGCUCGCCGCGGUGCCAGUUCGGAGUAUGCGCGUGAGCUGAUUCCAGAGCAUGAAACGGCCAGGGGCAGGAAUUAUCACAUUGAUUCCGAGAGAGAGGAACGCCGGCCCGUAGAGCAAGCCACGCUGAGCCUCGCCAAGCAAACAGGCGCAGAUUUUCAGUCGCCGUCAGCCGGUGACUAUGAGGAAGCACGGGCUCGCUCGGUCGCCGAGAGCAUGUACGAAGAUGCAGAGGAGGGUGAGUUCGACGACGGGGACAUCGACCGGGCCGCUUUGGAUGAGAUAUUGCGCGAGCCGCUGGAUGAGGACCUGGAGAGCCCUCUGGAAACGCCUUCGCUGGAUGCAUUCCCGGAUGUGCCUCACCACUUCACGGACGAAACGCCGCACGAGGAGCGCGAAGACGCAUUUGACUACGAGCAUUUCAUCCUCCAUAGUGCCCUGGGCAACUAUACGCGCCAGCUGCGACCGGUUAGCACCGUCUCCUCAGCCGGCUCGGGAGAGACGACACGGCCGACGCAAUCAGUGCACUCGGCGCAGUCUCUACACCCGGCACAUACGAUGCACUCGAUGCAGUCAAUGCAACAGCCGCGUGCCUCGAGCGCCAUGUCGGACUCGACAGUUGCGACAUUCGCAACGGCCACAGAAGGCGAGAACUUUACAGACGACGAGGACGAGCUGGACGGCGUGAUGUACUGGGAUCGACGCUUCAACCACGAACUGCGUACUGGACGUGUUCGCAGCCACCACGACCCGAAUGUCAUCCCGGAGACUGAUCGAUCCGAAACGCCUCGAGCCGACCGCGACGACCAGGCGACCCCGGUAGAAGGCCAGCCCUCGACGCCCCGUGCACAGCGGGAUGGCGGUACCGACCGACCAUCGUCAGCGGCUACGGCGACGCCGACUGAGCUCGCCUCGUCGCUCGUGUCGACCGUGCGGGCUGCGUCGUCGACACCCAGCUCGGGCGGGAUCAACGAAGACGACACGCAGAUGCUGGAGCAGCUGUUCCAGAGCUUGGGGGAUGUGUGCUCUGAGCUGCAGGCCAUCAUGGGCUCGGAGGAUCCAGAUAUGAAGGCGGCGCGGGUGCUGCGACGCCGAUUGGACGCGGCAAGACGAGUGUUGGAUGGAGAGCUGGAUACGUGA